AUGUAUGCGAAAUGCGCUGACAUACAUAAGACGGAGAAAAUGUUUGAAGAUGUUCCUGUUAAGGAUGUUGUGUCGUGGAAUACAAUGGUUGGUGCAAUGGCGAAGAUUGAAAGAGCAGAUAGGGCAUUGGUUGUUUUUAGGAAAAUGUGUGUAAGUGGCUUAUUGCCUAAUGAUACGAGUUAUGUGAGUGCCCUAAGUUGCUGCACUAGCCAGCAGUUUCGAUUGCUUGGGGAGUCCAUCCAUGCGAAAGUAAUCCAGAAAAAGUUUGAAUCUGAUGUAUAUGUCGGUAGUGCUUUACUUGACUUUUAUGUUAAAUGUGAUAGAUUGGAUGAUGCUCAUGUUUGCUUUGAUGAAAUAUCGGAGAAGAAUGUGGUUUCUUGGAAUACGUUGAUGUUGGGUUAUUCGAGUAAAGGUUCUUCUUAUGUUAUUACGCUGCUUCAACAAAUGAUUCACUCGGGUUGUCUUCCCACUGAGUUUUCUUUUUCUAUUGCUGUGAAAUCGUCAGGACUAUUAGAGGUACUUCAGCUCCAUUCUUUGUCCAUAAAAAUGGGUUACAUUGAUAAUGAUUAUGUCUCUAGCAGUUUCAUUUCUUCGUAUGCAAAAUCUAGUUCAGUUGAUGAUGCCCUAAGGUUUGUCACUACCAAUGACAUGCCACUUCCUGUUGUUGCAUCCAAUAUGAUCGCAAAUAUUUAUAACAGAAAUGGACAAUUCGAUAAGACUCAAGAGUUGUUUUCGGACCUUGAAAAUCCAGAUACUGUAUCUUGGAAUAUCUUGAUUGCAGCCUGUUCUAGAAAUGGUGAUUACGAAGAAGUUUUUGAACUUCUUGGACACAUGCGGAUGGCUAGAGUAUCUCCUGAUAGAUACACAUAUGUUAGCCUGUUUAGUGUGUGCACCAAGCUUUGUAACCUUGGUCUAGGUAGCUCACUUCAUGGCCUCAUUAUAAAGACUGAUUUUAAGCGUUGUGACACAUUUGUCUGCAAUAUCAUGAUUGACAUGUAUGGCAAAUGCGGGAGUCUUGCAAGUUCAAUCAAGAUUUUCAAUGAAAUGACGACUAAAAAUGUGAUCACAUGGACAACCAUUGUUUCAGCCCUUGGACUGCACGGUUAUGCACACGAGGCAUUAGAGAAAUUCAAGGAGAUGGAUAUGAACGGAAUUAAACCUGAUAAGGUUGUUUUCGUAGCUGUGCUUUCAGCAUGUAGGCACGUUGGAUUAGUGAAAGAGGGAAUGAAAUUGUUUGGGCAGAUGAAAGGGAAAUAUGGGGUAGAACCAGAGAUGGAUCACUAUCUUAUUGCAGUGGACUUGUUGGCUAGGUAUGGCUAUUUGACAGAAGCCGAGCAGUUAAUCACUGGGAUGCCUUUCCCUCCAAAUGCUCUAAUAUGGCGCAUUUUUUUGGAAGGCUGCAAGAAAAAGAGAAGCAUAGACGACACUAUCGCUCUUGCUUCAUAA